UGGCUGACUGACUGGCUGACUGACUGGCUGGCUGGCUGACUGACUGGCUGGCUGACUGACUGAGGUCAAGGUGGGAGGUUCGGCUGUGAAUGGUUAGAUCGGAUGCUGCAGCCUGACUGCCCGCUGUUGUUCCUGCGAGGAGAGCGGACCUGAGUCCGAGCAGCUCUGACGGAGGAGAGGCUUGACCAUGUCCACUUGAGCGAGAUCAUGACUUUACUGAAUGAGUCAGAUCAGCUAUCCCCUCCCUCCUUCCCCCUCUCCUCCAUAGAGCACAAUUUCUCUGUCUUUGCCACCCAUGACCCCUCAUACUCCCCCGUGACCUUCCCCACCUCCUCCUCGCUCACCUCCUCCAACUGCACCAGCUCUCCGUCGGCCUCCUCUCCUCCGUACAACUUCUACGCCGUGCUGCUGGUGCUCCUGAUCUUCUGCGUGGUGUUCGGUAACGUGCUGGUGUGCGUGGCGGUUUCUCGGGAGCGCGCUCUGCAGACCACCACCAACUACCUCAUCGUCUCCCUGGCCGUGUCCGACCUGCUGCUGGCCACGCUGGUCAUGCCCUGGGGCGUCUAUCUGGAGGUGGUGGGGGAGUGGCGCUUCAGUCUCAUCCACUGUGACAUCCUGCUCACCCUGGACGUCAUGAUGUGCACUGCCAGUAUCCUCAACCUGUGUGCCAUCAGCAUCGACAGAUACACAGCGGUGGCCAUGCCGAUGCUCUACAACACCAGAUACAGCUCCAGGAGGAGGGUGGCGGUGAUGAUUGCUGUGGUGUGGUUCCUCUCUUUUGCCAUCUCCUGCCCUUUACUGUUUGGACUCAACAACACUGCCAGCCGCGAAGGCACCACGUGCAGCUUUGCCGACCCGGCCUUCGUGGUCUACUCCUCUGUGGCGUCCUUCUACGUUCCCUUCAUCGUGACGUUGCUGGUGUACGCGCAGAUCUGCGUGGUGCUGCGCAAACGAGGCAGACGCACCGCCCCGCCGCGCAGACACGGUCUGCACACACAAGGCGGCGCAGAGGCGGGAGAGGGUCAUCGGCACAGAAAGAAUAAGUGUACACAACCAGAAGAUGUGAAGUUAUGCACCCUGAUCCUGAGACCUGCCACUGCGGCCCCACAGCGCAAGAAAGUGACCCUGGUGAAGGAGGCGGUGGUUCACCCCCUCGAAGUGGAGCCGGGUCAGUUCCUGCCGCAGACCGAGCAGAGUCAGGCUCCUCCCCCUGCUCCCCAGCCCUCCGCCCACUCGGGACGGGCGAGGAUCUCCCUGUCCAUCUCAGUUGGACCUACCCCGGUUCUUCCUUCAACCGUGACACGAUCGGCCCUGACGCCUCGCCCCCCCACCCUCGAGGACGGCAUGAGGGGACGCGAGGGAUGGAGGGAGCGUAGCGGAGGCAGAGAGAGAUGGGGGAUCACCAAGGAGAGGGUGAGAGGGAGGCUGUCGCAGCAGAAGGAGCGGAAGGCGACACAGAUGCUCGCUAUUGUGCUCGGCGUGUUCAUCAUCUGCUGGCUGCCUUUCUUCCUGACCCACGUGCUGAAGGCCCACUGCAGGAGCUGCUGUAUCUCGCCCUCCCUGUACAGCGCCGUCACCUGGCUGGGAUACCUCAACAGUGCCGUCAACCCCAUCAUCUACACCACUUUCAACAUUGAGUUUCGCAAAGCCUUCAUCAAGAUCCUGCACUGCUGAGAGCCACGGAGAUGAAAAGUGUCAACUAUCAAGAAAAAAAGAAAAAGGCCUGGCAUUUGUUUGAGAUCUGACGAGAGAGUGAGUGGAAGAGAAGGAAAAUAAGAUCAUGCUUUGAUACGCAGGAAGAGAGGGAUGAGAAAAUGGAGUGGGAGACUGAUGAGGUAAAGCCAUAAUAGCUUUCUGGAAAAUUAAAGAUGAGAGAAUUGAAACCAGCAGCUCAGACAAAACUGGGGAAAGACCCAAGAAGAAGCAAACGGCUAGAGAUGACGGCAAAAGAACCGGUGCGUGGCAAAUAAAAGACAGCUACAAGAAACACAAACAAGCGGGAGACUGGAAAAGGAGACAUGCGCUGCGUUGUGUUCUUAUACUCUGUAAAGGGAAUAUGUGAGGACUGCGGAUCUUGCCACAGCAUCCCGACAGCAGGGCUCCACCUAUGUGAGCCUCCCUGAGACGUGACUGUUUUCCCAAUUUAUCGAAACACUUGAUCCGUGUCGGACUCUCGCUGUUGUAUUUCCUUGUAAUCUUGACAAACAGCAUCUUGUUAUUUGUUCGCAUGUGCUAGUCUUUCUCGAAGGUCUGGUGUAAGUCUCUGACGUCUGAGUCCAGCACAAACUGUUUUUUGGUUUUGUUUUUUGUUUUUCAUUCUCACACUCAUGGAUUGAUCAUUUUUCAUACUUUCUUACAGCUCGCUGAAGUUACAUCAAAGCAGAAUUAUUGAUUUGAUUCAGCAGACGGUGAAUUCCAUGUAAACACUUUUUGCUUUAAAUGGGUGUACAUACGUGUAAAGUUUGGUGUUGUAAAUAAUCCUUUAACUGGUUUAGAACACGAAUCACAACUGUUGUACUUCGUUUUGAAAUAAUCGCCGUCAUAAUGAAUUGAAACAACUUUUCUUGUGUCAAGAGAGAUUUUCUGUUUUUACCCAAGAUGCUCAUUAAACAUAGUAUUUCUUGUAAAAUAAGAUAAAAUAAGUGGAAUGGAAUAAAUAAACAAUUCUGCAAAGCGUGA